GUCUUUGUCAUGCACAUGUGUUGAAUGCUCCAGUCUGCCACAUUGGCUGCAUGUGCUUAUCCAACAAAGGUAAAGUGGGCCAUCUCAUCAGGCCCUGGAACAAUCAUUGUUUAGUACAGAACAAGCGGCUAAUGCCAACGUUUUGAAUGGAGUGAGUAAAAACUUUAUUAAUUGAAGGGGUGAGGGAGGCCUAGCUCGUAGGCUGCCAGGCUGAGCUUCUCUAAGACGUUUUCAGCUCGUGCCAGGACCAGUGUCUGGAUGUUUCGUUUGGUGCUGGAAACAAGGGCCUCCCUCUGUUCUUCCGUGGGGGGUGGCAAGAUGAGCCAUUCAUUGGAGGCACCCAUAGAAAUUAAUGCAAGUAGGAAUUGCUGUCAUGAAGCUAUUUGCAUGUGCACUUGAAAUAGAUGCAGAUUUGGGACUAAAUUGAUACUGGUUGCAAAAUGUUGCUUUCCAUCUUGCUUUUGCAAUAAGCUAACAAAGCACUACCAGCACACGCAUAGGAGGCCGCUAGUUUAUAUGCAGCCAAAACUUUCCGUAUUCAGAGGCCUCUGAAGCUACACUCCAAAGAAACGUUUACACCUUUUGGAGUGUGUAUCUGCCACACAACAUAAUCUGCCUUGCUCGAGUUUCCUUUCUUGAAAACGCCGUGCCCGCUAGUUUCCUGUCGGCUAUGUUAUGUCAUGCUGAUAACGCGCAUACCGUUGGUUGCUGGGAAGUACCGGGCUCGCAGCUUUAAAGAAAGGAAAUGCAAAAAAGACGUGAUUAUCGUUGAGUGGCAAGACUCGAAGGGUGUAAACUCCGAGUGUAGCAGUAUGGAUCGUGGCGUAAUGUUAGCAAAGGCCACAUCGUACUUGUGGCCCAGCCAGGUGACCGGAGAAGCUGUGCCCUGAAAGGUGCGUCGACACGGCGUUACCGGUCGUUCCGUGCAAUCGUGUAGUGACCAGCAUUUUCGAUUUUGGUCGCAUGGAUGCGGUCAGCUACCAGGUUCUUGAGCGCCGAAGGACUCGAAGAAUGCAUAGAAAGCUUGGAGAAUCCCAAGCCGGAAGACGUAAUCCGGAAAGCAGUGAACUUUGAUUUAGCCGAUAUUGGAGAAGGUGGCCUGCCAGAAGAUGUCUCGAGGAACAAAGUGGAUUCGAUAACAGGACCAUUGGUUGUUCAAAUUCAGAAGAUACGAAACGUUGCUGCGCCCAAGAGUAACCCAGAAUCGGACCAUUCGCCCAGGCUACUGCGACUGCAUCUGUACGACGGAACUUCAUACUGCAGUGCCAUUCAAUGGGGACGGUGGAACAACAUAAGUCUUUCUACACCCCCUGGCAGCAAGAUCCUCCUCAAGAGUGAACCAAUACCUGUUGUGAAUGGUUUCCUUCUGCUGGCAGAACAUAAUUUUAAAUUCUUGGGUGGCAAUGUGGCACAUCUUAUCGAAAAAUGGGAGCUGGCCAAGAACUUGAGCCACCACAAACGUACUGCUGGGGAAGAGGGCGGUGCUCCCCCUUGGGUUCCCUUUGGGCAGAAGAUAGAUGCAAGCAGGCUUAAGAACCUCAAAGGCGGGUUCAAGUCUAUGGACCUUUGUCAGAAGGAUACCAAACCAAAUGAAUCUUUUGAGAAACAUCGACAGAUGACAAUAGCCGAGAUAUCUCGAGCAAAGGAAGGAAAAGUGAAAGUUUUUGGUGGUGGAAAGCAGCAACCCCAAGAUGGAGAUAUUGCUCAGCUGGUUGGCCUUGGCUACUCUGUGGAUGCUGCUGUUAGUGCUCUGAAAACACACAACUGCGACAUUGCUGCUGCAAUGCAAGCCUUGGAGUUGUCUGACCGAAACAGGAGAGAGCGGGCCAACCGACCAGAAACAGGACGAAAGCGUAGAGAGCCAAGGGAACGUGAUUCAGGUGAUGAGAAAGCUCCUAGUCGCCCAUCAGGGCCUAGCACCCUCUUUGAUUACUUGCAGAACCAGAUCUCUCUUCCAAAAGUGCCUGAUGUAGAAGAUUCCCACCUGGGUGACCAACCUUCCGAGGUCCACUCUACACACGACCACUCUAAUCGUGGAGGCCACAGCAGUUCAAAGGGCCGUGCAAAUGGACCGUCAAGCAACAGUGGCCGCUUUGGUCAGCAGCAGCAGCAUCCGCCAUCCCAGCGGUAUCGUGGGCAUAAAGAAUCAUCGAGAGGGGAAGGCGAUCACUCGUACCAGAACCAUCUGCACGAUGGGUUUUCUUCUGGCUUUUAUUCCAACAAUGCCGGCCCUUACAACAGGCACAGGGUCUCUCAAGAAAGCGGUGGACCACCUCAGCAAUCACGGACUUAUCAAGGGAACCACAACAAUCGGAGUCACCCACGGCAGUCCCCAGUUGAUGGGGGGGACAGACGGCGCAUGCCUCAGGCUUGCGACUUGGCACCUGGCUCAAGACCUGCACCCCGUGGCGGUGACCGUAGCUUUUCCGACUCAAAAUCAUCUGGCACCAAACGGCUUUUCUCUGGACAGAAGGUGCUGGCCAAGUAUUGGGAAGACGGCAAGUUCUACCGGGCCCUGGUGCACGAGGUGUCGGCCAACGGCAACACGUGCGUGGUCAAGUUCGUCGACUACGGCAACCACGAGGAGGUGCUCUGCUCGGACGUGCAGACCGUGUCGCUCGCCCAAUGGGACAAGGGCCAGUCUAGCUCGUCUCGACAGGAGUACCACCGCCAGGCCGGAAGCAGUGGCACAGCCGGUGGCGGCGGUGGCAGCGGAGGCGGCGGCAGCCAACACGGCCCGCCUCCUCAGCAGCACCAGCAGCACCAGCAGCAGUUUAGCAGCAGUCGGGACUCUGAGGACUACCGUUACCUAGAAGCGAUGAUGCAGAACGAGGCGGCCAACGCCGCCGCCUCGCAGCAGCAGCCGCAGCAGCAGCACCACCACCAACAGCCGCAGCAGCACCACCAGCCGAACUACCACCACCACCAGCAGCAACAGCAGCACAAUUACCAGCAGCAGCAGCAUCACCAUCAGCCUCAGUAUCAGCCACAGCAGCAUCAUCACCGGCCGCCGACGGACGGCUACGAACACGGCGGGUACCGACAGAGGCCGCCGCCGCAGCACCACAAGCCACAGCAUCACCAGCCGCCACCGUUUGGCGGAGGACAAGGGCGCCCGCAGCAGCAGUACUAUCAGCCGCCCGCGCAGCGGCGUCAGCCUCCGACCUGAGCCUGUCGGCGGAAUCGUGUAGGGUCGUCUGCGGGCGGGUUAGGAACGGUGGCGCCGCAAUCGGGAGGUGACUGCGACGCACGCAGCGACCGUGGACACUGCCGUGAAUAAACGUAAAACAAGUGCCUGUGCACUCCUCUCGGAGGGCCGGUAAACCCGGCGGAAUGUCAUCUCUGGACGAUCAGCCAAAAAGGAGAAAAGG